CCAUGUGUUGAUGUCUUGGCAGGAAAUGUAAACAAACCGAGUGGAGCGAUUCGUGAAAAUUUUCGGUUUCGUGUUCCUUCUCGACGACGAAAUCCCAUUAUUUCAUUUCCGAUGGUUGUGAUGAAUUAGAGUGUUCGUUUAAAAAGAUGUUAUGAUAAAUAUCGUUAUUCCGUUAAACAUUUCUUUAUAUGAUAUUGCAUAAAGAUGGCUGAACAAAAUGGAGAGAUGAAGACCCCUGCUCCUGGCAGGGGGAGUGGAACAAGCACAGGGGUUGGUAACCCUUCUCCUGGGCCCAGUACCAAUAUAUCAGCAAGAUUACCCUCCUUUCGUGCCCCACGUGAUCUCACCCUUUCAGCCUCAUCAUCCGCAACGCCUGUGAAAGUUUCCUUAAUGAGUCGACCCCGCAAAAAUUUUUUACCAAAUAUCCCUGUGCGAAGAGAGAAAGCUGGUAAAGUCCCGGAGUCUCGUUCUGAUAAGGCACCAAAAACAGGUCAUGAACGUGAUAAAAAAGAAGGGGGCCGUGGAAGAGGUCGGGGCAACAAAGAGUUUGUGCAGACUACUGGUUCCCUGUUCGGUGAUGGAAUUGCAGCUAACAUCACGAGACGUGGUGGUUAUUCAUUCGGUGGUGGUGGUGGUGGUGGGGGUGGACGUGGCACUGGAAGAGGUUCAGAAGCUGGUUUCAUUAACAAGCCUGUUUUAAAUUUAGAUACUGUAAACCACAUUGAUAAGGAACACGAAGACCAAAGGUUAAAAGAAAUUUUACGUGAUGAUUUCAUAGAUGAUUUAGAAGACUUGAUAGGACGAGAUGGAAGAGAAUUUUUACCAGUACAGUUACCUAUGGUGGACACAGGACGAGGCUUUAAAGAGGAGGGCCAGGAAAACAGUGAGGAAAUGAAGUUUGUUCCACCAUCCACAUCUACAGAUUCUGACUUGAAAAUAAAGGAAGAACCUGAAGAUUAUAUCUCUCCACAAAAUGGGCCUGGUGUGAAAGAGAUUGCUCAAGACACUAAAAAUAUUAAGCUAAUGGACACAAAAAUGCCAAUGAAAGGUGGUCUGCCAACUAAAGAAAGGCCUCCUGAGUUGUCAGUAGCGCAGCUUUUAACUGGUAAACAUGAAGAUGUCAUGUUUUUUCAACUGCCAAAUUCUCUGCCAAGCCUUCCCCCUGAAAUCAAACAAGAACCAAAUUCUAAACCAUCAUCAUCAUCAAAGGUGCAAAAGUCUGCCACUAAUAGUAAUGCAGCUUCGGAUGAUGAAGACGAAGUUGAGAAAAAAUCCAAGACUGAUUACUGUACAUUAAACACAUUGCAAGAGGGUAUGAUUGCAACUUGUAAGAUUUAUAAAUCCGGCAAGACCGAACUUUGGUUCGGAGAACAUAGAUUAACCGUCAAUAAAGGAACCCAGGUUGGAUUUUUACAGGAUGUUGUGAGUGUUGAAAUAGAUGAAGAAAGCAAAACUGGCACAAUGACAGUGUUAGGCCAUAUUGGUCAUCGAUUAGUUUGUUCACCAGACUUAGAAACUCUAGUCAAACAGAAGAAAAGUUAGCACAGGCUUAGUACUAGCUUCUGUUAUUUUUUUUAUAUGUAAGGGUUAAAUCUUAAUUCCGUUAUAUUUUAUUGCAUUUGUUUUAUAAUAACUAAAGUAUAA